CGUUUCCAUGAAGACCAUGAAACCCGUCAACAAACCCAUGAGACGGAGACGUGGGAUUGUAAAAACCGGAAGGUUACCCACAGGGCUCCCCCGGGAGGACACGUGUCCAGCUGUUGCUGUUGGGAUCCAUGGGAAGCUGGAAGUCAGUGUGAACACAGAGGGUCUGUCAGCCCUCCACAUGGCCUGCCUUUAUGGCCAGCUGUCUACUGUUCAGCUCCUGGUGGAGUCCGGGCUAGUGUGGAUUCACAGCAGCGAUCACCAGGGACGCCAGCCUGUUCACAUGGUCUUGUCCUCCCGGAGCUCACCCAACACCUCCUCGUGCCUCAGAUACCUCCUGGAGCACGGGGCCAACGUCAAUGUUGCCACAGAUUCAGGGUCGACCCUGCUGCACCUGGCUGCCUCUGAAGGCCUGCUGGACUGCACAGAGAUCCUUGUGCAGGCUGGAGCAGAUGUGCUGGCCAAGGACAGCAUGGGACACACUGCUCUGGACUUGGCACGCAUCUGUUGCCGCAGGAAGGUAGCAAGGUAUCUGAAAAGCUGCGUAUGGCAGCAAGAUAAGAAGAAAGAAAUGCAGGAGAGGAGGUUGGUUCAAGCUUUAUACAGAGAUCUCGUGGACAGGGCCAAGCUUAAUGAGCUCAAUAAAAAGACACUUAAUGAUUUGAAGACGGCAGAGUGGGCCAACAGGAAAAGCUUGCCCCUCCUAAAGGAUUUCUCCCCACGUGUCCUGGUCAGCCAGUACCACACCCAGUGCCUCUCGUCAGAUCAGAACACAAAACAUGCCAAGCACCCAUUGAAGCACCAGCCAGGAGGCCCUCAGGAGGACAGGAGCACCUCCACUAAGCAACCUCAUGCCUCAUCCUCCAGGCCCUGGACCAUUUUCAUGGGCCUCCAGCCUGAGAAGCCCCCCAAAGAACCAGACCUCCGGGACAGCAUCACAGUGUGGAGGGACAGCAGCAGCACGAAGCCUCACUACACCACUAAGUGGGACAGCAGACCUCAUCCCACUCCUGACCUACCCCUGGAUGUCCUUGAGAGGGUGUUGUUCCCCAGAGCCUUCCCUUCCAGGAUCGCGUCCCCUCGGUACUUUGAGCCACAGAACAUUGAGGAGGUCCAGCGCCGAGGAUACCCCCAGGGGCGGAGAACCUCCCCCUGGACAGAAGUGGCCAUGCACCUGGCUGAGGUACUGGAGCCCGGGCACUACUGAUCAUCGUUCUCUGUACUGGAAGAGCAUCAACUACACCUGCGAUUAGUAGAUGAGUUUAAAUAGAUGUAUUAAAACACAUCAAAAUAUAUGAAAUGUUUCAUCCAAGUA